UGGAGGACCGAAGCAGUCAGAAGGGGAGAGGGUCCUGCUCCGGGGACCGACGAAUUGGCUCCCGUCCGGAGUACGAGGCAGGUGAGCGAGCGGAGAAGCCGAAGAAAGUGGGGGCCGAAAUCGCGGACCGUGUUCAUGGUCCUCCUGCGCGCAUGAGCAGCAAUCGUCGGCACAUUCUCGAGGCCUGCACUCCACUCUCGAGUGCUGCUGCUGCUGCUCGUUCUCGUGCUUGUGCUCGUGAUUGAGAAGGGGAGAGGUGGUGGUGUGAGUAGGAGGAGCGAGGGAGUGCAUUGACGCGAGGUAUAAUGGCGUUGAGGAGGGCAGUGCGGCAGCAUUUGCCCUCGGUAAUUCGCCCGACAUUGGCCUCGUCGUCGUCGUCGUCGUCUGGGUCUCGGAAUUCCGGGCCGAUUGUGGGUCGAAGCCUGCCGGGCGCGAUAAGAAGUGUCUCGUCUUCCGUUCCGUCCGGACAGCCUUCCGCCGAGACGUCUUUCGUCUCUCAAGAUAGCCCGGUGUCGCCAUUUGCCGCGGCUGCUGCUUCAGCUCCCUUCUCCUACACCUCCGCCGCUAGCGCUGCUGCGGAGAGGACGAUCCGCGAUGGACCCAGGACUAAUUGGUCGCGCGAGGAGAUUCAGGCCAUCUACGAUUCUCCGCUUCUGGACCUGCUCUUCUAUGGGGCACAAGUUCACAGGCAUUCGCACAGAUUCAGGGAGGUUCAGCAAUGCACUCUUCUUUCGAUCAAAACAGGUGGCUGUUCAGAAGACUGCUCAUACUGUCCUCAGUCAUCCCGAUACAGUACUGAAGUGAAGGCCCAAAAAAUGUUAAGCGAAGACGCUGUAUUGACGGCUGCUAAGAAAGCGAAGGAGGCGGGGAGCACAAGGUUUUGUAUGGGUGCCGCAUGGCGUGAUACGGUUGGGAGGAAGACGAACUUUAACCAAAUUCUUACAUACGUGAAAGAAAUCAGAGGAAUGGGAAUGGAGGUGUGCUGCACCCUUGGAAUGCUGGAGAAGAAGCAGGCAGAGCAACUCAAAGACGCAGGAUUAACAGCUUACAAUCACAAUUUAGAUACAUCUAGGGAAUUCUACCCAAACAUCAUUACCACAAGAAGCUACGAUGAACGGUUGCAGACGUUGGAACUAGUAAGAGACGCAGGAAUCAGCGUUUGCUCAGGUGGUAUCAUCGGGAUGGGCGAGCAGGCCGAGGAUAGAGUGGGACUACUAUAUACUUUGGCCACACUUCCGGAGCACCCGGAGAGUGUACCAAUCAAUGCUCUUUUGGCCGUCAAAGGAACACCAUUGGAGAACCAAAAGCCCGUGGAGAUCUGGGAGAUGGUCAAAAUGAUUGCGACGGCCCGCAUUGUGAUGCCGAAGGCUAUGGUUCGCUUGUCAGCUGGUCGCGUUCGGUUUUCUCAGCCAGAGCAGGCUUUAUGUUUCUUGGCUGGCGCGAAUUCCAUCUUCACAGGCGAGAAACUGCUCACCACCCCCAACAACGACUUCGAUGCAGAUCAGCAGAUGUUCAAGAUUCUCGGUCUCAUCCCCAAAGCACCCAGCUUUGGUGAAGAUGGCAGCAAAGGUGUCGAAGACGAGGAACCCGCUCUUGCUGCUUCGCAAUAGGUACUGAACUGUCGACAACGAAAUCUUCAUUAGAUUCUUAAUCUAGGCAUCAGCCUGGGGUCAUCACUACCUCGUGUAGACAUGGCAUAUUCAUACACAUUAAUUCUCAGAGAUGCAAAGCAAAUACCGGCGCCUGAUGAUUCAUUUCAUAAAGUUUUGAGAGAAACUCGGCAAAGAGUUUUGUCCUUGAAUACAUUGCAAUCAUAGUACAUGAUAAGUCACAUGUACAGUUAUUUGAAGUACAGAAAUUUUGUACACAUCACAGAAAAUUGUCAUGAAUAUUGUGCUCGGUACACGUGUUUUCUCUUUUGUAAGAAGAUCGCGA